CCCCAAAAUUUCCUUUCGCUUUCGAUCUCUGGCUGUCACCCGGCCUGGCCCCUUCCACGCCCAGCCGGGGCAAGCCUGAUCUGGCCAUAGGCAUGAGGGGCCUCCGGCCGAGAUGAUAGUGCUGGCGCCAGCCUGGAGCCCAACUACCUCCCUGCUGCUGCUGCUACUGCUCAGCCCUGGCCUCCGCGGGUCCCCCGACUGUUCCUUCAGCCACAGCCCCAUCUCCUCCACCUUCAAGGUCACCAUCCGAAAGCUGUCUGAUUACCUGCUUCAGGAUUACCCAGUCACCGUCGCCUCCAACCUACAGGACGACGAGCUCUGUGGGCCAUUCUGGCACCUGGUCCUGGCCCAGCGCUGGAUGGGUCGGCUCAAGGCUGUGGCUGGGUCCCAGAUGCAAAGCCUGCUGGAGGCGGUCAACACCGAGAUACAUUUUGUCACCUUGUGUGCCUUCCAGCCCCUCCCCAGCUGUCUUCGAUUCGUCCAGACCAACAUCUCCCACCUCCUGCAGGACACCUCCGAGCAGCUGGCGGCCUUGAAGCCCUGGAUCACCCGCAGGAAUUUCUCGGGGUGCCUGGAGCUACAGUGUCAGCCCGCAGACUCCUCCACCCCACUGCCCCCAAGGAGCCCCAGGGCCUUGGAGGCCACAGCCCUGCCAGCCCCUCAGGCCCCUCUGCUGCUCCUCCUGCUGCUGUUGCCUGUGGCUCUCUUGCUGAUGUCCGCUGCCUGGUGCCUGCACUGGCGAAGGAGGAGAUGGAGAACGCCCUACCCCAGGGAGCAGAGGAAGACACUGAGGCCCAGAGAGAGGAAUCACCUGCCCGAGGACACAGAGCCGGGACUCGGAGAAAGUCAGCUAGAGACUGGUUCCUUCCUCGACCACGCUGCCCCGCUCACUCUCCCCCCAGGAUGGAGGCAACGCCAGCCCCCCACGCCAGCCCCAGACCCACCUAUCCCCCUCUGUACAAAGUCCUUGUCCCCAGGAAAUUGUAUAUAAAUCAUCCUUUUCUACCA